AUGAUAUCUAGAAACAUAAUACGUGAAACUUGGGGGGAUCUAAGCAACUACAAAGACAUUGCUAUCAUAAGACUUUUCCUGGUUGGGCAGCCACCUGUAAUGACAAGUGCUGUACAAAGACUGCUAGAGGAGGAGAAUGCUAGGUAUGGCGACAUUGUACAACAAGACUUUCAUGACACUUAUACUAAUUUAACUCUAAAAAUCCUAAUGGGGAUGGAGUGGGUAGCAAAAUUCUGUCCCAAUGCCAGCUAUGUAAUGAAGCUAGACAAUGAUGUGUUUCUCAAUGUGAACUACCUCGUCCAUCAUCUUUUACACCCGGAACUUCCAGCUCGUCAAAAUUAUUUGACUGGAUUUCUAGUCUGUUAUACGGGACCUAUAAGAGACAAAAUGAGCAAAUGGUACGUACCAGAGGAACUUUACCCUGGAGACACCUAUCCACCUUACCCUUCUGGUCCUGGUUAUGUGUUCUCAGGGGACAUGGCAACAAAGAUCUAUCAGGUGGCUCAGGGAAUCCCUAUUAUUAACAUUGAAGAUGCCUAUAUAGGAUUGUGUUUGUAUAGACUGAACAUUCCACCCACCAGGUCACCAAAAAACAUGUUUCAUGGAGAAAAGAUUGAUUAUAAUCCCCCACACGUUUUUUGCAGUGUUGUCAUAGUUCACCAUUAUGAGAGAGAGAAUUUACAAAAUGUAUGGUUGGACUUCUGGGAUAAAAAGACAUGGACUUGCUAA